UUGUAGACGUGGCGCCAAACGCGUCCCAUCGGGGAAGUAUCUUUUUCUUUGUCACAUCCCCGUCGCUUCACCAAAGCUUCGUCCUCACACGAGACAACGGACGAUGGCGGCGGAAGUGGGAAAGCCGGCGAUGGUGGUGGGGAUUGACGACAGUGAGCACAGUUUCUACGCGCUCCAGUGGACCCUUCGUCGCUUCUUCUCCGUCGCUGAUUCGGCCUUUAAGCUCGUCGUCGUCCAUUCCAAGCCGUCGCCCGCCUCCGUCGUCGGCCUCGCUGGCCCUGGUUCUUUCUUAUGGGCGGCGGAUGUGCUGCCGUUUGUAGAGUCCGAUCUCAAGAAGAUCGCUUUGUUGGUGAUCGAGAAAGCAAAGGAUCUUUGCUCCGCGUUCCCGGUGGGUGACAUUCAAUAUGAACUAGUGGAAGGUGAUCCAAGGAAUGCUCUAUGUGAUGCAGCGGAGAAACAUCAGGCAGAAAUAUUGGUGGUCGGCAGCCAUGGCUAUGGAGCGAUAAAAAGGGUUGUUUUGGGCAGUGUGAGUGAUCAUUGUGCUCAUCAUGCACAGUGCACUGUCAUGAUAGUAAAGAAGCCAAAGCCGAAACACUGAGCUUGUUCUAAUUGAUGAAAAACACUGCAAACUGUAUCAAAAUUUGAAGACUCAUCUUUGGUAAUAAUAAGCACUUCUUCAAGACUACUGUAUAACUGCUGUAUGUUGAACAAGUAACCAACUUAUAUUUGUGAUC